AUGCCGUCCCAGUUCAUACCAGCUCAAAAUUCCCGCCAUCGCAUCGCCGCAAUUGCCUUGUAUCGUGCUCUCGUCCGAGAGGCUCGCGCCGUGCCACUCCCCAACGAUGUACUUCGCCAGGGUGUCGAAAACCCACUGCCGCGGCUCGUGAAGAAAGGGUUCAAGCGAAACCAGACCGAGGCGAGCUAUCGCCUUGUUCUUGCUGCGCUAUCCAAGGGGUACAAGUUUUUGAACCUCUUCAAAAGCGCCCAGACCCCAUCGUCAAAAGAACACUCCGAAAUCCUCACCUACCUUCGCGAAAAGAGCCUUCGUGAUGCGAGAUCAGAAGCAGGCCAACCGCCACGGCCGCCGCCGAAAACCGAGCGUCCAAAGCCCAAAUGGCCGCCCCUCGUCAAGCGCAUAUCUCCUCUUGACGAACCUCCCGUCUACAUCUCUGAGCGUCACCCCGUGCCUCGCGAGGACCUCUCUGGCAUACGGCACGUGCCCAACAUCGCCGUGACUGCACACGGUGUCGUGUUCCUACGCCAGGGCAAGCCACAGCACCGCUCCGUGUGCGACUAUGUCCAGAAGAAGAACAAGUACAAGAUCAAGAACAUGAAUCAUCUGCUCGCCUCGAUGCGCGAUGAACAGCAAUUUGCGAAGGAGGAGGACCAGUGGGAUGGGCACCUUCAUAGCGAGAUCAAGUCUCAAAAGAGGGUGGUGGAGAGGCUGAUCAGGUUGCGCCAGAAAAUCGAGCAGCCCCUUUCAGACCUCCCCGACUGGGUUGGGAAGCCAGACAGUUACACCAAUAGCGUGGCCGCGACGUAUGAUGAUGCAAGUAGGAGGUUGAGUGAGGAUGCGGCGGAUCAGUCCGCGAGGGCGAGGGCGUUUCUAGAGAUCCGCGAGGCGGAAAAGAAGGCGCUGGAGGAAGACAACGAGUACUACCGGGAAAAGGGGUACAAGUGGAUGAUUGACACACCAUAUAAGAAGAAACAGAGAAGGGUGGCAAAGCGCAAGAAGGGCGGCCAGGAUAGAUUCGAACGGAGGGCGGUGCGGCAGGACAAGGCGCGGCAGAGCAAUUUCGUUGGCCUCAGCCCUGCUCCCAUUCAGGUUUGA